AUGACUGAGUGCUACACACAAGUGUUUUGUUGGGGAAGCGAUACCGCAGGCCAAUUAGGUCCAGGUGAUAAAAAUCAAGGAAAAACUUUUUCAGUUCCUAUAUGUUCGAAUUUUAAUAUAGUUUGAGUAUCCUUAUGGAUCCUCAAGCCAAGAUCAUACUGCUAAAUGGGCAGCUUGUAAAGUCAACUCCACUCUAAAAAUCUGCGAUAUCUUGUAUAUUUUCCACAUUGAAGUCUGACUUGACGACUGGAGUUGACUUUGCAAGCUCUCCAUUUGGCAGUAGCUUAAGCAAUCCAAACAGAUGCUCAAGCUAUAGCAUUAUUUUAGAAAUUUCCUGUGGGGAUGAGCACACAGUUUUUAUAUCAAAUGAAUAUAGGGUUUUUUGUAUGGGAAGUAACGCGUCAGGAAAAUUAGGAAUAAGUGAUAGAAAUCUUAAGCAGUCAAAUUGGCCUGUUUUGGUUGAGGCUUUAAUGGAUUAUCAGAUAAUUUCAAUUGACUGCGGAUCAAAUCAUACGGCUGCUAUUAGUUCUAAUGGGUUUUUAUUUACGUGAGGAGAAGGGAAGUUUGGAGCUCUUGGAAAUGGGGAUACAGAAGAUGUGUGAACACCAGAUAAAAUAAAUCUUUCGUUUUCAGCGAAAAAUGUGUCGUGUGGAAGUAGGCAUUCUGCAGCAAUUUUACAGAAUUCGGCUGGGAAUUUGUUGUUUGUGUGAGGGUCUGGGGAUGCUGGACAGCUUGGGAAUGGAAAAAGAGAGCUAUGCAAAAAUCCUGUGCAGGUGGAUUUUGAAGAAAAAAUUAAAAAAGUUUGCUGUGGAGUUUUUCAUACUUUGAUAUACAAAAUUCAGCUAAUUUUUCAAAAUUUAUUGAAAAACUAGCCUAUUUUCUAUAAAAAUUAAAAUAUUUUAAUUUUUUUUUGAUUAAUAGUGAUACUUAUAGGUAUAAUUGAUGAAAAUAGCAAUGUAUAUGCUAUGGGAGGAAAUAGCUUUGGACAGCUUGGAAUUGGGAAUAAAAAUAGCUCAGUAAUUCCUGUGAAAAUUGAAAAAUUAACUGGAAAAAAUAUUAUUGAUAUUUCUGCCUGGACUCAUUCUGGAGCUAUAAGCAGCUCUGGAGAAAUUUAUUUGUGAGGGUCAGGGAUAUUUGGGGAAUUUCUUUUUCCUGAAAAAAUUCAAAAUAGGACAGAUUUUGUUUCAAUUGAUAUUGGGAAUGGGCAUGGAGCUGCAAUUGAUAGAAAUGGAGUUGUUUGGACUUGAGGGUCAAAUAUAGGAGGGGCAUUAGGGACUGGAAAUUUUGAGCCAAAAUCGCAGCCUUUUCCAGUAUUAGAAAUCCAAGGGGUCCCUAUAAAAGAAGUUUCCUGUGGAAAUGGCUUCACAAUCGCAUUAGGCCGAGAUAUCAGCCAAGGCUCUCUAAAUCAAUCAAAAGUUAUUCAAAAUAAAGAAAAAUCACCACAAAAAUCCAAUAAAAUGCUAACUCCCCCCCCCUCCGUGAGUGAACAAAAAAAUUUUGUUCACUCACGGAGGGGGGUUAAUUUUUUUGUUUUAAAAAAAUUUAUAUAUAAAUUUUUAAAAAAAAUAUUUUUUUUCGAAAUUUAAAAAAAUCCUAAUUCGCAAGUAUUGAAAGCAAAUAUUAAUUUAAUUUAUAAAAUUUAUGUUUUAAAAAGCAAUUCGUUUAAAAUUAAACAGAAUUAGCUCUAUAUUUCAUUAUAGUAAUUAUCAUUUAUAUAUCAAAAGUUUUUUCCAUGAAAAAUUUUUGUUCACUCACGGAGGGUGGGUUUUUGGGCAAAAAAUAGGGAUUUUUCUAAUGGUUUUGUUCACUCACGGAGGGGGGGGAGUAACAAAAAAAAUAGAGGAGCUUAAAAAAGAAAUUUCAAAGCUGAAAAAUGGCCCAGAUGGGAUCGAUGAUUUAUUAUACAGAUUGAGCCAAACAGAAAUCCGGCAAGAGCAUUUGCAGCAGCUAUAUGAAGAUGAGCAUAAUAAAAGAAUUGAGCUAGAAGAAUUAUUAGCAAAUUCAAGACUAGAAAAUGAAGAAAUACUAGAAAAUUUAGCUGAAAUGAGGAGCCAAAACGAAAGAGUUACUGGCGAAAUUAUUAGUGUAGAGGAGCAGCUUAAUGAAAAAGUUAUAGAACUCGCUGAAUGUUUACAGAGUAAACAAAUCGUUAUGAAUGAUCUGCAGAAUAUGCAAGAGAAGUUAAAAGAAAUCCCAGUGCUUUGGACAAAAAUUUCAAAUUUCGAAAAUAUGUUGAUAAAUUUGAGAAGAGAAAAAUCGCAAAUAGAAGAAAAAUAUAUAUCUCAAAGCACAAUAAAUAACUGCAUAAUUGAAGAAAAUAAAGAACUCAAAAUUUUAAUUGAAAAAAGAAGAAAAGAUAUCGAAAAUUUAAAUUUACAAAUAAUUAAUACAACUCAAGAACUCAAAGAAAAGCAAGAUUUUUACGAAAAUUCAAAAUCCGAGUCUGAUAAAAUCGUUAAAUAUUUUACAGACAAAUUAAUAGAUAUAGAAAGCGAAUUUAAACGAGAAAAACAAUUAUCCGAAGCUAAAAUAAGCCAAAAAUCAGAAGAAAUUUCUAAUGUAAAUUACCAAAUAAAGCAGCUGCAAUUUGAAGCUUUGGAUUUUCAUCAUCAAAUUUUGGAGCAGCAGCAAGAAAUAAAAAGGCUUUUAUCAGUAAUUGAAGAAGCAAAAAUAAAAGAAGAGCAGCUCCAGCGGGCUUUAAGUGAAGAAACAAGGAAAAACAAAGCUUUUAUAGCAGCAAUUGAAAAAGAGCUGCAGUCAAAAGCGCAGAAUCUCAGAAAUCCUAAGUUUAAAGAUGUGUUUAGAUAA